GCAUCUUGACAACCUCGAGGCUUUAUUACGACCCGGACGGAGACGCAGACAUGGACGAAAACGACCGCGAACCGUCUAUUUCUGGUCCUGGACUGAAGGUCACGAGCAAAUUGGAUGAUCUGCUUGGAUUUCCACUCGAAGUCUCUGCUGUACAGUUCUUUCAGUUUUGGUGGCUUUUGACGAUGAAACGACUAGCGAGAUGUCCCAUUGACGAAUGGACAAUGGGGCAGGAAGAGGUGCGCCAAGAUGGACCUCAACCUACUAGAGGUGUUCUGACAGAUUUUCGGAACUUUUGGCGUUUCCUCGUUCAUAAGCUACUACAAAGGUACCUCAGCGGAAAUAUAUGGAGACUGUCAAGGCUUAAGAAGGGGGUACAGGGCUAGUUCCAAAUCUUAGAAAGGAAGAGAGCGGCGAUAGAAACCUAAUAACCACUAGCUUACUUAAUUAGUGAAGAGUCUGGUUAUGUCCAUAA